CCCCUCAAAGAACGGCUGCAUUGUAGGACGAGGCACUGCAUUCAGCGUGGUGACAUGUAGCUUCAGUACUAAACUACUAGUGACCUAGAUUUUCACUAGAGAUGUGGUUAAAUGUUUCGGGCGGGGGUGCAGCAAUAUUUCUCUUUUUCAUGGCAAAAACAGACAAGUCCUGGAGCUAACUCGCGAUUUACGGGGGCGUUCACAGCCUACGGCAAAACUUCUGCAGGGACUUUGUACAGAGUUUAAAUUCGGGCUAAAAUUACCAAAAUGGAGAUCCACGAAGGGGCAGCGGCGGCGGGCGACAGCGUGCUUGACUUCUCCCGUUUGAGUCUGAACACUUUUAGCACUGACAGUAUCAGCGACGAGAGGAAAAGGGACACCAAACAACUCUACCUGAACUACAACCGGUUAGCCUCGCUGCCUUCGUCUGUCAGCCUUUUCUGCAACCUCGAGUUUCUGGACAUCAGCAACAACGGACUGUCGGCCAUCUGUGAGGGCAUUACGCGACUGACCAGGCUGAAAACCCUCAUAGCCAAGAACAACCGCCUGGACGAGUUCUCGCUGCCCAAAGAGUUCGGCUCUCUGCAGCUGGAGGUGUUGAACUUUAGCGGGAACAGAUUUGAGGAGAUCCCACUUCAGUGUAUGAAACUGCUGCGUCUGCAGUCGCUUUCUCUCGGCGGAAACAGACUGAAAAGUAUACCUGCGGAGAUAGAACAUUUAACCAGUCUGGAGCUGUUGUAUCUGGGCGGGAACCUCAUCUCAGCCAUUCCUCCAGAAGUGGCUAACCUGCCUUACCUCAGCUACCUGGUCCUAUGUGACAACCGCAUCCAAAGUGUCCCCCCACAGCUCACCAGGCUCCACUCACUGAGAUCUUUAAGUCUCCACAACAACUUGCUCACUUACCUACCGAGGGAGAUCCUCAGCCUGGUACACCUGCAAGAGCUCAGUCUCCGUGGCAACCCACUGGUGGUGCGCUUUGUCAAGGAGAUGACCUACGACCCCCCAUCACUGCUAGAGCUGGCAGGUCGUACUGUUAAGAGCCGAAAUAUUCCCUACUACCCCUGCGACCUGCCCUCAAACCUGCUGCGGUACCUAGACCUGGCCAGCAAGUGCCCCAACCCCAAGUGUGCUGGCGUCUACUUUGAUUCAUGUGUGCGCCACAUCAAAUUUGUGGACUUCUGUGGAAAGUACCGGCUGCCCCUCAUGCACUACCUGUGCUCCCCAGAGUGCACCUCUCCCUGCAGCUCCAACCCGCAGAGCGACGCAGAGUCAGAGGACGAGAGCAGCGUGCCCGCUGACCGCCUGCAGAGGGUGCUUCUGGGAUAGUAGUCACUGUGUUCAACAAUGAACUUGGCUGUCAGACUUAUACAGACUACUACAGAUACUAAAAGACAUACACUCACACACACACACACACACACAAACAGUAAUACUGUUUUACAGACAGUGGCUGUAUGUAACACACAAAAUGUGAGGCCACGGUUCUUCCUACUGCUGCCCUGAAAACAUGUUUUUGGCACGGAAUCCGUUCCCUCUCUCACAAUCUCACCCCAUCAAAGUGCUGGUCUCAUGGUCGAGCAUAGGAGGGCAGUAAAGCUCAGUGAAGACUGAAUGAGCCGCAGGAUUCUUUUCCUGUUCAGGGCAGCGUAUUGUAUCUUUCAUACGACACUUGGUGGGUUUUAGUAGCUAUAGCACAUCAUACUGCAUAUACUGGAGGUUUGGGUAUGAACAGUGUCCCAACUGCAGGUGAUACAGGAGCCAGCUUUCAUUUAAACGUCUUACCAAGUGAGAAUCAAAGUUGCUAUGCAAACUGGGGCAAGGUUUUGGGAUUUUCUAAUUAUUUCUGCAGAAACUAUGACAGCUAAAUUGAUUGAGUACAGUGUGUGAGAUGGCCUUAUUUACACUGCGUGUGGUCCUGCUGGGCAAACUCUUGUGCAAUAAAGCUGUCCCACACAAUAUUGAAAGAUCAAGGUUUAAUUAUUUUUGCCUAUUGCACACCUGCCCUGAAAAGUUUUGCCAUGAUAACAUAGUUGUUUUAAAUUAACCCAGAAUAUGGGUUAUGUGAGUCUGUGGAAGUGAGCUUGUCCAGGCUUAUUCACAGGAAGUGGAUGUGGGGUGGACCAGGGGAAACCAUUCACAGUGCUAGCACAGGAACAAUACCUAUUCAGCGAAACACAGUGGCAACCUUCUUGUUAUGUGGAGAGUUGUCGGUUUUCUCUGAGCUAAAGAAUAUAGAUCUGUGGAAAUGGUGUCCAUAGCCAGAGAAUUAUAUAUAUAUAUAUAUAAAUAUAUAUAUAUAUAUUUUUCCAAUUUGAGACAGAAGCUCCUUCAUUUCUAACAGGAAAUUAGUGUUUCUGUUCCUGGUUACAUCUCUGCUUCAUCUAUCUGCUUGUUUGGAAAGCAAGGAGAUCGUAAAGCCUCCCAGACAGUUUGUGUCUGUUAGUGAGAAGGAAAAACUCCCGCAGGGUUCACAUCAGACGCUAGUGUUCAGAAAACAGAAGAACGCUCUUCUAUGUUACAAUAACACCUAUACUAGAGCAUUUAGGUAGUUUACUAAUGGUGACUUCUAACACGGUGACAUCGAAGCACGAAGAAAUGUGAUAUAUGCACCCAGAAAUGUGACAAGAUUAACAUUAUGAAUAAUAAAGUCCUUUAUUGAGUGAUUUUGUACUUAUCUGCUUACAGUAAACAGAAAGAGAAAAGGUAACCUUUUUAUAACAAAAUCAACUGUUAUAGAAAUCCCUUUUUUGUUAAACAGACUACAUAUUUAAAUAACCUGCAGAAUAGAUAGCACUUAAAAAAGAAAAUAUAUUGAGGUAUAUUAAUUGUAUGUACUUGUACCCCAUUCAGAUAAUGUAAGUAGACUGUACAGUAUAUAAUAACUAAUAAAGACUGACUGUUAAAAUGUG